CACACACAUACACACGCACACACACACAAUAGACAGAACCAACCAGCCAGUGCUUAUCCAGUGCCUGCCCAACCUGGUCCUGCCUUGCCAAAAGCUUCUGAGGCUGACAGCUGACAUGAAAUCAGCGGGAAAAGGAGGCACACUUACUUCGAGUUUCUGAAGAAGAUGAGCAGAAAUGAGCAUCACUGCUGUGACUUACAAGAAAAGGAAGAGAGACGAUGUCUGAGAAAGGGAGGACAGAACUGAGCGGCCUGCAGGGCCAUUAGGCUACAGACAGGACUAGACCGGGUCUAGUCUACUGUUGCACGGAAUACCAACAGCCACGGGCGGACCGGUCGGUUGUUUGUGGCAGAAGCCAGUGGAGAAGUUAUUCACGAUGCAAACAUCUGGUCUGAAGAAGCGUUAAACCGUAGACUCGCCUUUACUUCUGCAGCAUCUGGAGAAGGGUGUGCGUGUGAGCGCGUGCAAGAAAAAAGUGUGUCUGCAUGUGACAGCGUGUUUGUGUGUGUCACUAUGAGUCUGGUCUCGGGCUUCCCUCACCACCCGGUCAUGCACCACCACGACAGCCACCACUACUCCCUGCACGCGGCGGCGGCCGGUCGAUGUCACGAGGAGUCCGGAGCUCCUCCAUACUUCACGAGCUGGCUGAUAAGUCACGCGGAUAUGUCUCCCACCGAGUACAGCCUCGCGCCCGGCUACAGCCCAGAGUACCAUGGCAACAGCGGCGGGUCUACCGGCGGCCUGGACCCCCCUCAUCAUCACCACCACCACCACCACUACGGACCUGGCGGCUUGGUUCCGGGGGCCGGCACCAUCUCGGUGAACGGAACCGUCGGUAUGCACCACCACCACACACAUCCUCGAACCGUGAAGCGGAGACCUACAGCCAACCGUAAGGAGAGGCGGCGAACCCAGAGCAUCAAUUCGGCCUUUGCGGAGCUGAGGGAGUGUAUCCCCAACGUCCCGGCCGACACCAAACUGUCCAAGAUCAAAACGCUACGGCUGGCCACCAGCUACAUCUCCUACCUGAUGGACAUCCUGGACAAGGACGGACAGCACGGGGACACGCAGGCUUUCAAGGCCGAGCUGAAAAAGACGGAGGCUCGGGAGGAGCGGCGGAAGAGAGAGGCGGUGGAAAUCCCGAAAACAACCCCAUCUUCAGCAUCCUCGUCCUCUUCGUCAGCGGGCGAUAAGAAGAGUAAAGGGCGGACAGGAUGGCCUCAACACGUCUGGGCUCUGGAACUCAAACAGUAGUGCUUCUCUUGUUCGGUUCCUCCUGCAGCCGUGUCCCACAGGAGAGUGACGGGACAAUGAUGACACGCUCGGAUGAACUGUAACAGCGGUCACCACCAUUUCUCUGAUGCCUGGGCUGGACGUUGCAUUGUUCUAUAGCUCCAUUCACGCUGCUGUGGUUUCAGGUUAUGUUGCUUAUUGGUUGCAGUUGCUGAUAGAACAUACUUAAGAUUCAUAUCUCCCCAUCUUUCGUCAGCAAAAGUUCUCUCUGCCGUUUUGUUCCACGUAAGGUUUGAACCGAAUUUCCUCCUUAUAUUUGACUUCGACAAAAUAAUGAUGAUAAUAAUAAUAAUAAUAAUAAUAAUAAUAAUAAUAAUAAUAAUAAUAAUAAUAAUACAUAAAACAUAAAACAUAUUCCAUGUUAUUUUGUAAAAGGUUGAAUCCAGAUUUUAAUGAAGAAAAAACACAUUCAAAGCAAAAUAUAUGUAUUUACGGGGUCAACAAAUGGAAUUAUUGUAAAUGUGUCAUUCAUCAUUCCCCUAUCAUUGAAGAUGUAAAUUACAGUGUUUAUGGGCUCAAACAGGUUCAAAUGACUCAGAUGAGCUCGUGAAUAAGUUGGAUCCAGUGUGACACCCAGCAGGCAUCCAGCGGAUCCAGUGUCGCGGAGGUGUGUCUGGCUCCCUCUUCUUUUGGUUUCUCUUGACCCGGUCUGAUGAGUCGGACCUCCUCGGUGGGCGGGAUCUGCGUGGGCAUAUCACAGUUAUGUUCUACCAGGUCUGUACGCUGCCACUGAGCAAAUGAGCUUUAUGCCACUGCUAGUUUGUCAACAGAGUGCGAAAAAGUUGUUCCUUUCGAGGAGAACAGGAUACGUACACACACAGCCACACACGCACGCACACACACGUGCGCGGAUGUUGAAGUGGUCUCUGCUUUAGGCUAUUUAAUGGAAUAUAUUUAUGUGCAAUGUGGCCAUCUUUGAUUAACUCUAACGACACAGUAUGUGAAGUUCUCUCUCUCUCUCUCUCUCUCUCUCUCUCUCUCUCUCUCUCUCUCUCUCUCUCUCGCAGCUUUGGGUUGUAAAUGUAAUGAUGUAACGGUGAUGACGAAGUGUCCAUGUUUUGGUGUGAAACUGUGAUGGAAGACUAAUUAAUGCUUAAUGUGGGAUGUAAACAGUUUCAUUAAUUGAAUAAAAGUACUACCUGGUUAACUGA